GUUAUAAGAAACAAAAUAAGUUGUCCUUGUAAUUUCGCUGCAGAUUGGCGCAGUAUGUUUAAUUUCCUUUGAUAUUCUAUUGGUCAAAACUUGUUAUUUAGUGGAAUGUUUUUCUUUCGAGUAAAUCCAGUCUUUCAACUCUUGAAGAUCAGAUCACCAGUGCUUCUUUGAUUUGCGAGUGGAGAAAAGAUCUAGAUGGAGAACAUGUUUAUUCUGUUUUUGAUAUUUGCAUCUGCUUCCGCAGUAGUUAAUUGGCCGGCUGGAAGAUAUUCAAUUCCGAAACCAAAAGCAGGGUGCCCAUUCGGAUGGGCUGAAGGAUGGAGGUACCAGGAUAAUGAAGAUACCCAUAAUAUCAACGCUGUUACUCCAAAUCCGGGCCAUCACUUUAACGGUACUUUUAAUACAAAUACAAGGAUGUAUUAUUGUACAAAAACAACCUCCAGUGGAUCAGGAUCCUGGCCGCGCGGAAAUUAUUGUAUUGCACGAUAUGGUGGUUCAUGUCCUUCAGGAUUUUCCACCGGCUUUAUCUACUGGGACGACGAGGAUAACGCUAAUGCCAACUCACAUGGUGGAGUUCUUCCUGAUGGAGAAUACAACAGGAACACAAAAAUACAGUAUUGUUGCAGGUCUGAUAGAUCUGCCUACAUUAGUAUGACCCGACCAACAUACCAGCCUUUUUAUUUGUACAAGUACACAUCAACAUGCCAACGUGUACGUGGAAUGAAUGUCGUAGAGGAAACAAUCAAGAUGGACGACGAAGAUGACAGAAACAACAGCAGUGAUGGUGGACAUCAUCCAAAGAAAACUGACACAACCAUAGUUCACUACUGUUAUUAUUCUUAGUAGUAACACAUACUUUAUUGGAAUCCUUCAGACAACGAUCCGUCAACAGAAUGACACUUUUUAUUCUUACAUUCAAUCUUUACUUCUUUGAUUGGUUUAAGUAUUAGUACUUUAUAGGUUGAUUUCUUGUUGGACUUGUUGAGAAAUUUGUUUUAGUAUGUUUCUGUGCAUUAAAAAAUAUAUAAAUAUUAAA